UUCGCCAAAAUGGCAGCCACCACUGCGCUCCGAAUUUGUGCGACAAAUGGAUGUGAAAAAGAGGCAAAACUGCAAUGUCCCACCUGCAUCAAACGUGGAAUCACACCUGGCUCUUUCUUUUGUGACCAGGCAUGUUUCACCGGAAGUUGGGGAGAGCAUAAAAAGUUGCACAAAACGAGUGACACUGUUCAAGUAUCCAAUUCUGCAUAUAAUCCCUGGCCUGGCUACAGUUUUACCGGUAAACUGAGACCUUACCCAGUUACUCCCAAACGCUUGGUGCCUGACACGAUAUGGAGACCAGAUUAUGCUAAUGAUGAAAGGGAAGGCAACCCAGCGAGUGAGCGGGCCCUGAAAGGCUCCACACACAUCAAAACUCUAGAUGAUGAAGAGCAAGAGGCCAUGCGAGUGGCUUGUAAGCUUGCCAGAGAAGUCCUAGACGUAGGUGCCAGUGCUGUAGGGGUUGGCACCACCACCGAUGAAAUUGACCGGUUAGUCCAUGAGGCUUGUAUAGACAGAGAGUGCUACCCCUCGCCACUGAACUACUUUAAGUUUCCAAAGUCUUGCUGUACGUCGGUGAAUGAAGUGAUCUGUCAUGGUAUUCCUGACAAGAGACCACUGAAAGAUGGAGAUAUUUGUAAUAUUGAUGUAACUGUCUGCCAUAGAGAAUACCAUGGGGACCUGAAUGAAACCUUUUUUGUUGGAAAUGUUAGUGAUAAGGCCAAGGAUUUAGUCAAAGUUACUUACGAAUGUUUGAUGCAGUCUAUUGACAUAGUAAAACCAGGUACGAGGUAUAGAGAAAUCGGCAAUGUGAUACAGAAACAUGCUCAAGCCCAUGGUUACUCAGUGGUGAGAAGUUACUGUGGCCAUGGUAUACAUAAACUCUUUCAUACAGCUCCAAGUGUGCCACAUUAUGCCAAGAAUAAAGCUAUAGGAGUGAUGAAGGCAGGCCAUUCCUUCACGAUCGAACCAAUGAUCUCAGAGGGAAUCUGGAGAGAUCUCCUGUGGCCCGAUAACUGGACCGCAGUUACUCAGGAUGGGAAACUUUCGGCACAGUUCGAACAUACUUUAUUAGUGACAGAAACAGGAUGCGAUAUUUUGACGAGAAGACAUGAUAAAGAUGGACAGGCACAUUUUUUGGAUAACAUGUGACAUUAGUAACAUUCAGGACCAAUAUUGGACGUUGCUAUUGAUAGAGCAAGUGUUCAUCCAUCGAAGUCACUUUUCGUGAUUCAUAUGUCAUAGUUCAAGUUUCGAAACAAUUUUUGAAUGACGCAGGAACACAUAUGUAACCUACACUGGAAAUCACUGUGGCCAGUGGUGUCACAGGAAGAAAUAGUCCGUUGACAAAGUUAUUUGCUAUGAAAGCUAGCAUGAGGAAAACCUUUGGGGCCGAGAUAGAGCUUAGGUUAGUUAGGGUUGUGAUUUCCCUGGCCAAUUGAAAAGACCAUCCCAAAUUAUGAAAAAGCUGGCCAAUGGACUGUUCAUUCCUGUAAUGUAACGAGUACCCCGUUGGCCACAGUGGAAAUUACUGUUUUAUUCUUCCAUUCGUGACAUGUGACUCACGAAAUGUGACAAUGUGACUUCUCUUAAAACACUGCCUUAAAGGGACAAUAUAGCCAGCAGCAAGGCAGGCAAGAUAAAGUUACACAAAGCCGCCGAUAGGGGUCUCUCACAUCUCACAGUAGGUCGAACUGAUUCACGCUUGUACGAGGGAUAUAUCUAGUGCUAAGUCUGACAUGACCAAGGGCCCUUACUGUGUAUACUAGUCACUUGAAGAUGGCCAAAUUAGCCUCUCUCCUCCUGCCUAUAGUCCCCCCUUUGAAGACAAUAUUAGAGAGGACGGGACAAGUUACAUGUAUCUUAAUUUUGACCAAAUUGAAAGUGAUGUUACUUUGUUUAAAGCUUCAAAAUUGACAAAAUAAGAAGCAGGGUUUUUAAUGAUGCUUGUUUUGUUAAACAUGUGAAAACACUAAUUCAAAAUCUACAAUGUCACUAAUGGGCAACUGGUGUUGACUACAAGCAAAAAAAUAUAUACUGCAAAUGUUGAUGGAAGAAAGUCAAUUUAUUUGAGGCCUGGUGAACUUCCAGUGUGGAUAUUUGAGGUUGUGAUUUAUUUUUAUGUGCUAAAAGCGCAUUGUAUUCUUCACUUUUCUUCACUAGGAGUUCACCAGAAGGUGGGUAACCUGAGGGAUAAGGAGCACUCUUGGGUGGCCCAGAAAUCGUUUCCGCCACACAAUGGAUACACAAUAAAUUUCUAUCGUGCAAUGGAAAAGUUUUCUGGGCCACCCUGUAUAAACCUGAACAAUUUCUCUUUGAAGUAGAAUUAUACCAUAAGCAUUGUUCACAAGAAUACUGAGCUAUACACCCUAGGAGAAGAUUCUUUACUACUGUAUGCAUGAUAUUGGCUAUACACCAGUUUCAUUAAAACGCUCCCUUAUUCACCCUUAAGGACUGUUCAUCCUUUCUGUAUAGCAGGGUAUGCGUCAUGACUGGGUAUAAAUCUUCUGUUGCAAAAAUGUGCUGGACUGUGUUAUUUCAGGUUGCUGAUAGUUUUCAUGUGCAUGUAUAUAUUUUAUAUAUACACCAAUAAAA